AUGAUAGCUAAAUUGACGAAGCUUCAUAGGCUCCGAUUGCGAUCAGAGCCGACACCCGAAAGCGAUGACAACGACACCCUAGACACCGAGUCGACCUUUCACCGGACAGAGCUUCGAUCUACCGACAGCGGACAAGAUACCUCUGUAGCCUCCGCAAGGUUCAAGGCCAGCGCGCCCUAUAGAAGCGGCUCGUUGAUUUCGACCACAAGCACGCUCAAUGCGGGCGUCCUCGGCAGACCGAUAGCCCAUAGCCAGCGAUCCCGCGACGAUUUGGGCCUACAUCUCGUGACCGAUCGACUUGAACCAAGCGGCGAUAUAGUCUUCGUGCACGGCUUGGGAGGUCACCCGUGGACCACAUGGAGCUGGGAGCGCGAUCUCAACAACUUCUGGCCUAGCUGGCUUGAACAUGAAGGAGCAUUGUCAACAUGGAGGGUCUUCACGUUUGGUUACGAUUCAAAUUGGAGAGGAGCAGGAGCUAAUCUGAACAUCUCCGAUUUUGCGAAAGACCUUCUGCUUCAAAUCCUGACCUUCCAAAGCUCGAACGGGAGUGCUAUCAGGCCCAAAAAGAUCAUCUUUAUUGCCCACUCGAUGGGUGGCUUAGUGGUCAAGAAGGCAUAUCUGCUGGGCAUACAGGAUUCGCAAUUCGCCGACAUCGCGGCUUCGUUUCACGGCAUCAUCUUCCUCGCAACUCCCCACCGCGGGGCGCAGUCGGCCUCCACCUUGAACAAUAUCCUUGCAAGCCUUCCUUUGGGCCCACCAUCGAAAAGCUAUGUCGCCGAGCUUCAAUUACACAGCAAUGCUCUUCACGAGAUCAAUGAGCAGUUCCGUCACCACUGUCACGAUCUUGCCUUAAUGUCAUACUUUGAAACAGAGAAGACCAGCAUUGGCCUCAAAGAUGCGAUGAUCGUGGAGAAAGAUUCGGCUGUCCUUCAGUUACCGGGAGAAAUAGCCAGAAGUGCUGAUCUUUGGACAGCGCCUGCUGUCGAUGUCAUCGAUCGCGUCGAAGAUAGUCAAAAGAUCGCCGCAAUUCUGGGUGUCCACGAAGAUGCUGAGGACGAUCUCAAAUCCAGACACGGCAGGAUUAUGGACGGGACCGGCCAAUGGCUCCUACAAAAGUCGGACUUCACACGUUGGAAAAGCUCAGUGGGUGAUCGAGCUGCUCCGGUCUUCUGGCUAUUCGGGCUACCCGCGAGUGGCAAGACGGCUCUUUCCAGUAUGGUGGCACAUCACUUGAAGGACCAACAGGCGAGCUGUCAGUAUCAUUUCUUCUCGACAGGACACCAGACAAAACGAACUGCCGCAUACUGUCUUCGUAGCAUCGCUUCACAGCUUGCCCAAAACAGCCAAUCGUUCCGAGAAGCCUUGUUCUCUUUCCAUGCCGAGACUGGCAUCAAGUUCACUUCACAAGAUCAAAACUUUCGUACGAUAUGGGAGAAGAUCUUCGAAGGCAUCAUCUUCAAGAUUGCAUUCACACAGCCACUAUUUUGGAUAAUCGACGGAAUAGACGAGGCCGAUUCGCACUCACUGGUCAUCAACUCUCUCCUGAAAAUACAGUCGACUACUACUAUCAAGGUAUUCUUGAGUAGCAGGCCCAUGAAGGUACCAACCGCAACUAAGGGCGAAGGAUCUCCGGUCACCGUACGCUUCUUAUCAGAAACUGAUACAGCGAGAGACAUACGAGCAUAUGUGGCCACUUCCAUCCGCGACAUCUUGACAGCUGCUGAGACUGUUCAACAAGAUAUCGUUGACAAGAUCCUGGCAAAAGCUUCCGGGUCGUUUCUCUGGGUCCGUCUUUGCUUGAAGUCCCUCCGCCAAAGCUGUCAUACCCGAGAUGAUAUCGAUAAAGCCUUGACUGGACUACCAGCGGGCAUGGUGGGUCUUUACGAACAAAUGCUAGCCAAGCUUCUUUCGCAGCCUGAAAGGACUCAAAGCCUCGCACACAUGAUACUAUCAUGGGUUAGCUGCAGUUGGCGCCCCUUAAGACUAGAGGAGUUACAGCUUGCUCUCGAACCAACAUUCACCGGCUUUCUGAAUCUUGAAGAUACCGUCAAUCAGAUCUGUGCACACUUUGUCACCACUGACAACGCAAGAUAUCUGAAAGCUUAUGCAAAGAGGAAGAAGCACGCUAGGAUGCACAAGGACUCGUCUCCGGUAUUGGAUAGCCUGACCAAAUUACCAGAGGAUGAUCCAAAGUGGCUGCAGUCGUGGGCCAUCGAUCUCAUCCGACUUGUUGGUAAAUUUGGUUCUAUUCUCGUAGCGAAACCACCAGCGAUCUACCAAGACAUCAUACCUUUCUGUCCAAAAGGCUCGAUGUUCACUCUUACCUAUGGAGAGCACAAAGCGGGACAGCUCACAGUCACUGGACUUCCUUCCGAUGGCUGGGACGAUCGCCUAGCUCGUGUUAGUGUGGGCGACGAUUACAUUGCUUCGCAGGUACUGGCUACAGAAUCAUACUUCGUCACGUUGAUCAGCACUAUCGGCCCAGAAGAUCUUCAUUGGCAAGUCGACGGCGAUUCACUCUUCAUCCUCUGUCAAAAUGCCGACUUAGUAGAAUGGCGACUAUUUGAUGAUCAGCAACUUGCCUAUCCUCACCUGAAAGCCCGCGAGAUUGCUAUUAAUUCCGAAGGCAGUCUUUUGCUCACGUCAGAUCAUAGUGGGACGAUCAGCGUGUGGGCCUUUCCGCGCCUGUCUCUGAUAUACCAGCUUGGCAGCGUCAACGACUUCGUAAGAGACGUGGCAUUCAGCCCAGAUGGUCAGCGGCUAUAUGAUGUGAGAGACUCGGUAUGUAACGUCUGGGAGCCAGACGUUCUCGUUCGCCCCGAUGAGCACGACAUGGAGGAUGAGUCCAGCCUGGAUGAACUGAGCUUGGUCUCUAGUGAGCCGACCAUGUCUCAGAUCGACAAUACCAAAGCCUUCGUAUCGGCGAUUGCCAGUAGCGGAUCUGAUGCAUAUUACUGCUGCGGCAGAGACGAUGGCUCGGUUAUCAUCCACGAAGUUGCAAAUGGUACCCCCAUCCGCAAAGUCUACACUCACUCAUCGACCACAUCCGUACUUUGUAUGGAAUGGUCACCAUCCGGGCGAUACAUGGUAUCCAGCGACGACUCUGCUCGCGUCAUCGCAAAGCGAUUAGAAACGAAGGCCAAGGACCAGUGGCGCGUCUACCCAGUGCUAGAUGCGCGGGUGUCAGAGCCCGUACAUCAAUUUGUCUUUAGCCCGGAUGAGCAAUACCUGCUGAUAUCGACGUCCUCAACAGAUCAUCUGUACGAUACACGGUCGAAGGAACGGUUGUGGUUCAAAGACUGGGGAUCCAGACAGCGCCGCCGUUGGGUACAGGAUCCUUUGGAUAUGACGUCACUCAUCUGGCUUGAGCCUCAAUCACUGACAAGCUAUCAAUGGUCCACAAUGAGCAUACAAGUCAGCGUUGCGAUCGAAUCCGAGCCGGAACUAGAACCGGAAGAGUGUUCAGAGCCGCAAAAGCAUGAUCACAUCGAGAAGGUCGUGGUGUGGGCCGAAGCCAUUCCUUCCAGUGGACAAAUCCUGUACGGCACUCUUCCAGCGAGCCAUUAUCAGGGAGUCGUCUCGCAACUCUCUCAUUCUGGUCUCCACGUCGCCGUAACCGCAACUGCCAAAGAGUUCGCCGGCAUCUACCGGGGCAAACAAUACCAUGAGCCAGACUUCGAUGCCGUGCUCGACCGUGCACUGGCCGCCGGAGUAGAAAAGCUCAUGCUGACAGGCAUGUACGCAUCCGACGCGUCUUUCAACCUCGACAUAGCGCGGAAACGACCGGGGCAAUGCACGGUCACAAUCGGUAUACAUCCAUACCAUGCCGUCGAAGCUGAUGAGGGCGGAGAAGAAUACUACAAGAGCCUGUCUCACAGCAUCACGACGACCAUGAACGAAGAGCCCCACCUCCUAGCCGCUUUCGGGGAGCUCGGCCUCGACUACGACAAGCUGGCGGAAGCCACAAAAGACGUUCAGAUACGCGUGUUCAAGCGACAGCUCGAUAUAAUUGUGAGCGCGGGAUGGGAACUUCCCCUCUUUCUGCAUUGUCGCGCUGCAUUCGAAGAUUUCGUUGCUAUACUUGAACCCUACAUGGACCGGCUGCCUUUACGAUCCGGCCUAGUCCACUCUUUCGUCGGUACUACAGCACAGAUGCAGACUUUGACCGGCAUGGGCCUACAUGUCAGUUUCAACAACUUUGCUUUCCGAGAUCGCGAUAGUUUGGAUAUGAUCAGGCAUGUGCCGUUGGAUAAGCUGCAGAUUGAAACGGAUGCGCCGUGGGGUGAUAUCCAAGCGUCUAGUGAAGUAGCAAAAGCGUAUUUGAAGAAUGCGACAAAGUGGUCUUGGGGGAGCAAGAAGAAGGAUAAGUUCAGUAUGGGCGAUAUGGUGAAGGAGAGGAAUGAGAGUUGCAAUGUGGAGAAGGUGGCGUUGGUUGUUGCGGGGAUUAAGGGUGUUGGUGUUGAGGAGGUUGCGGAGAGGGCGUGGAGGAAUAGUGUGGGAAUGUUCUUUUCGCGUUGGGGCGGUAGAUGA